AUGGCAACGACGGAUGUACAUGCUGAUGUCCAGGACUAUUAUGGAAAACAGCUACAGCAUAGUAACGAUUUGAAAACCGACGCUUGCUGUUCUAAAGCAUCAGUACCCCUUUUCAUUCGAAACAUUCUCAGUCAAAUUCAUCCGAAUGUUGUAGCACGAUAUUAUGGAUGUGGGCUUGUCUUUCCACCGAAACUGAACGGAUGUCGAGUGUUGGAUCUCGGUUGUGGAUCAGGUCGUGAUGUUUUCAUUUUGUCGAGCCUAGUAGGGGCUCAAGGAUCGGUGGUUGGUGUCGACAUGACGAAAGAACAGCUUGAUGUUGCCGAAGAGUACAUCAUUUAUCAUACAAAACAAUUCGGCUUUGACUCGCCAAAUGUCGAUUUUCGCCUGGGUCGAAUCGAGCAUCUCAUAGACGAAGUGGCAUUGGAAAUCAAUUCGUUCGAUGUUGUUGUCUCGAAUUGUGUCGUCAACUUAAGUCCUGACAAAAAGCAAGUGUUGCAACAAAUAUACCAGAUAUUGAAACCUGGAGGCGAAUUCUACUUCAGCGAUGUUUAUGCCGAUCGACCAAUCGCCGAGGAACUGCGACGAAAUAAAAUUCUUUGGGGUGAGUGUCUGAGCGGAGCUCUUUGCGAAAAUGACCUUAUUACGGGUGCACUCGACAUCGGUUUUACACGGCCUAUCCUGAUAACAAAACAACCGAUCGGUGUUGAGAACAAAGAACUACAAGAGCUACUCGGAGAUAUUCAAUUUGCAUCAUGCACAUAUCGCAUGUUCAAAAAUAGCUCCACCAACAGUGGUAGUAGUUCCACAUUGCCAUCUAGUGUUGGUGAUGCUCUAGUGACAUAUGAAGUGCCAAUGACUCACUAUGAAGAUGAAUUUCAAUUUGAUCAGACGACGAUAUUUAAGCUUCAUGGCAAACCCGAACGUCUAAGUGCUGAACUUGCCCACAUGAUGAUUAUUUCACGAUAUGCUGACAAUUUCAAAUUCUCUUCAGUUGACGACGGAAAGCACAUACUUGAUUCAGGUGAUCAAGCACUAACGUCUCAAACAUCUACCUAUUCAGCGUCACCUAGCUGUUGUCGCAAUAAAGCUUGUCAAUAG